AUGGUAUUAAAAAAUAAAUGGGCCAUGGGAAGAGGCCAGGAGUUAUUAGAUGCGGCGCGUGAAGGCGACAGGCGGACUGUUGAGAAAAUACUUGGUCAAAUAACUAAAAGGAGUGGUCCGUUUACAAGUUUACGGAGGGGCGCCGGUGUCAAUGUUCAAGAUGACAAUGGAUAUACGCCUCUUCAUCACGCUUGCUUACGUGGACAUAAAGAGAUAGUCCGCCUACUCCUAUCAGUGGACGCCCUGCCAUGUGUUGUGGACAAAAAGGGCGCAACGCCGCUCCACCUGGCGGCGUGGAAGGGAGACUCUGACAUCGUCUCUAUGCUCCUGGCUCAUAACAACCCCUCAGUCAACAUUGAUCAAUGGACCUCGGAUCAGGAGACAGCGUUGCUCAUAGCCGCCCAAUUUGGUUACGUGGACGUAGUUGCGCAACUGCUCGCAAGAGGAGCUGAUGCAGAACUGAGGAAUAUGAAGGACGAAAGCGCAUUGGACCUCGCGGCACAAUACGGGCGGUUAGAGACAGUUCAGCAUAUGCUCCGAGUGAGGCCAUUACUGGUGCAACCCUACAAGUACCCAAACUGCAGGGACAAGAUAUUUUCUUCCUCCACGCCCUUGCAUCGCGCCAGUAAAAACGGACAUAAGGACGUAGUAUCAGCACUCCUUGCCGCCGGGUUCGAUCCCAAUGUCCGGUCUUACUCAGGCACGCCGUUACAUGAGGCGGCUUGCUUCGGUAAAGCAUCGGUGGUUCGCAUUUUGUUGGCGAAGGGGGCCGACCUUCAUGCCGUUGACAGCAGGGGGAGGACGGUAGAGGCUCUUUUGGGCGAGUACUCCGGGGAGGCUAUUAAAAGAGUCAGAAGGGUGAUACGAGAGUACGAAAGUGUGGUAGGAAACUACCACGAAAGUGAAGAAGAACUUCCACCUUUCCCAGUGCAAGGAUACAGUCCCACUAGCUUCCCCAAUUCCGUCGUCAUGAAAGCUCCAGAGACCCAGAAAAAUACUAACAAAAGUGAAAGCUUAUUUCCAUCUUCAUCUUCUCUAACAAAAAAUGCUCCUCAAAGUUUUGUAAAAAAGCUCGCUUCGAAAUGCUUGGGCCUAAAAGCGAAGUUCAAUUCCGCUCCUAAUAUUUCUAACAGUUUGGGAUUAGAGUCGGAAAGUGAUGUUAAAUUAAAACAUUCGGACAGUAAAAAUGCAGUCAACACUAUGCUUAUUGGUAAUAGUAAAUUUUUUAAAAUACUGUCGAAGAAAGAGGAGUCUGGAGAAAUAGUUUGUAAUGACGAAUUCGAUACAAUUUCAUUAGAUAGGCUAGGGACAUUAAAUAGAGAUUCUUCGGUAAACAGAAGCAACCGUAGUUGUCCUGGCUUUAAAACAUCAUUGCCUAACAUAUCUGAAAACAAUGAACUUAGUGAUUCUCACGAAUCUAUAGUUGAGUCUACUGAAGACACACUUACGGCUUGCGACAAAAGCUAUUGUAACAUGUCACAACUAACCGAAGCUGUUAAUUAUGAUGCAAAGCUUAGUAUAUUUGAACCUAGAGAAAAAGCUAAUCGAAAAUCAUUAAUUUCUACAGCUUCUUUAGAAUCAGCUACUUUGAUUAAUGAAUGUUACGAGUCUUAUCAUUUUGUUUCAAACAAUUCUGACAUAUAUAUUGAACCACACAAGUCUUUAGAAGAGAUUGUAGAAAUACCUAAACCAAUCCCUCGAUCGAAUACCGUUAUAAAUGCAACUGAUAAUAGUGUUAGUGUCUAUGAAAAUGUUAUCUUAGAAAAUAAAUCUUCCCGUCCAACUCCCGCCGUUAGAACUCAUAUUCCUACAAAAAUUGCUCAUGAUGAUUCACUGCAAAAACCUGUGUAUGAAAACAUAUCCUUAACAAUAGAAAGAAAACUGCCUGAGGUGCCAAAUAGAAACAUAAUACUUGCAGAAAAUAGAUCAAAUAAUUCAUCUUUAAAUAUAAGUAGAUCUUCAACGUUGUCUACUGAUUCCAUGGUAGACGAAUCUAAUUUAGAAGACAUAUUUUUGUCAACAAAGUCAAAAUCAUUUCGUCAUAGUAAAAUACCGGUCAAGUACAGUACAAAUAAAUCAACCGUCCAUAGGACUCUGUCAGAUGCAUCGGAUGUAUCUGAUCAAACAGAAGCCAGUGCCUUAGAAAAUGUUGACUGUAGUGAGGAUGUUGACGAAAAAAGUAUUUACUUGUCAAUGACUGGUACACUACCCAAUAAGAAAAAUGAACGAAUUGCGGACAAAAAAGUACUCUUUAGACAUAAAACUUUUACUAACAUUGAAAUUGAUAGAAAUUCAACAAACAUCAGAGAUUUUCCUAAAUGGAAUAACUCGUUCCUAAAAGAAACGCUUGCGCAUUACCACAUCAGAGGAACAGGGCAUUGUAUAUAUAAGGCCCCAACAGUUAAAGAAUUUAUUUAUAUUUUUAAUAGAGAUACUCUUUAUAAAGACGUUGAACCAUUUACUAAGGUUCCUAAUGAUAAGAGAGACAGUUAUUAUGAAACAGCAAUAUGUUUCUGUAAGCCUAAACCCCCAAAACACCACGCUAGUGCUGAAGAUUUAUUAGAAAUCAAUCAGGUCGAAGAAGAAAAAGUAAUAAUAGACUUGGAUGCUUUUAAAAACAAAAUAGAAUUGGGGUCUUCGUCAUUUCGUUGCUUUUGCGACAGUAAAACUUGCAUAUUGCACGACGAUCGACGGCAAAAUAAAGCUGGUAUCGUUAUAAAGUUUUCCGCUAUAAAAAGAAGUAUUUCUACUCCAGAUAUCACGCUUGAAGCUUCUCCUUCUUCGACAGUACAAAAAACACGAUUGUCCAAAAUUAAAUCAGUUCCGUCCAAUUUAGAAGAACCCUACGCCGUAGUUAACAUUGAACAUAUCGCCGCGAAGAAUAACAUUAAUUUAAACAACGACAGUAAAACAUUGGAGAGUCCUACUUACGUUACAAUGUCUCCUCACUCAUCUAUGUCGUCAUCUUAUGAUCGUUAUUCUGUAAAAGAUAUUGCCGAGGUUAUUUCAUUAGGUAGUCGUUCAACAUCAGCCGACGCUAACCCAUCGUGUGCUUCUGAUACUAUGCAUUUGAAGCUGCGUCAAUCGAGCUCCUCGGAACACUCUGGUCAUUGGUCAUUGCAAUCGUGCAAUUCUAAUGUCACUAUAAAAUCGGACGAAUCUUUUAAAACAUGCAUCGAAGAGUCCUCCGAGGAAGACUCAGAUGGCAAUUCGCAUUCGGACGAAGAAACCUCUGACGCUGAAACUGUUAAAUCUGACAUAAGCACGACGAAGCGACCGUGGGUCCACAGUGACUCAUUCAGAUUUGGAAGUCGAGAUUCCAAGUUUGAAAUCGAGAUGAUUUCGGAGGAUAGCGAGGGUAAUUUGAAGGAGUCGAAAUGCGAGAGUGGUAUCAGUGUAGAAAGCUCUGAGAAUUCCUCGUCCGGUUGCGAGGAUGACAGUGGUGUUCCGAGGGUCGAUACGGAUGUGUCGCUUGACUGUGCUUCGCUUGAGCGGGAAAGGGGGGUGGUCGGGGAUGUUUGCAGCGGGUCGGGGCGACGACGGUGGGACGAGACUGAAGGAACUAGCGAAGGAGACGCACUCAGCGUCUCUAGCGCUGCUUCCAGCUGUGCGCCCUUGCACCUGGCGCACCAACACGAGUACAGCAAAGUUUCGCCGACUCCUCCCAAGAAACCCCCCAGACGGAACCUGUCAGUGUCACCCACCCACGCCAAUUCUCCUUCCUCCGGGUACAGUUACGAGCUGAGGGCCCACGCGAGAAGUCAGGACGAUUUGGAUGAUAUACAGGGUGCUAAACACUACCUCAAACACGGUCGCUCAGUAGACCAGUACGUGGACGGUAAACUUUCCUACCCCGAGUAUGAGGACAAUCACAACUCGCCCAGAGUUGUUCCCGUCCCCAAUCCCAGACCUAGUCUGAAACACCGUUCCCAACCCGUCGCCAUCACGGCUAUGUACGAGAAUGUCGUCAUAAAAGAGCAAAACCCCAGACGUAAACUCAAAAGAAACAAUAUUGUAUCGCCUUAUGAAAAUCACGAACUCAGAAUGAACGAUAGCAGAAUACGAAGGUAUUCGAACCAAGAAAAAUCUUCCCUUGAGAGCCUAUUAGACGACCAAUCCAUGAAUAGCCCGGGUGAAUGUGAACGGUAUUAUGACAGACAUAAAGCUGACAUUCCCUUAUCACCGACGCAUUACGCUCAACCACCCACUCCCGACCAUCCACCACCAUCAGCAAAGCAAGCCGAGAACAGCAUUCACGAAAGGAUCAGGCCGCUUAGUCAGCUAAUUAUGGAGGUUGUAGAAGAGAUAAGAAUUAGGAAAAAGUCGCAAGGUGACGUCACCAAUAGUUAA